AUGGGCGGGCUGGGCAUGCUGCUCCUGCUGCUGGCUGGGCUGGGGCUGGGGGGCACCUGGAGACCCCCAAAGGGAAAGUGUCCUCCCCGCUGCUCCUGCUCCAAAGACAGUGCCCUGUGUGAGGGCUCCCCGGACCUGCCCGAGAGCUUCUCCCCGAGCCUGCUGUCACUCUCUCUUGUUAGGACUGGAAUCACUGAGUUGAAGGCCGGCAGCUUCCUGAGGAUGCCAUCACUGCACCUGCUUCUCUUCACCUCCAACUCAUUCUCUGUGAUUGAGGAUGAUGCGUUUGCAGGCCUUUCCCACCUACAGUACCUCUUCAUCGAGGACAAUGAGAUCGGCUCCAUCUCUAAGAACGCCCUCAGAGGACUGCGCUCGCUCACACACCUGAGCCUGGCCAAUAACCAUCUAGAGACCCUCCCCAGAUUCCUCUUCCGAGGCCUGGAGACCCUGACUCACAUGGACCUCCGCGGGAACCCGUUCCAGUGUGACUGCCGUGUCCUGUGGCUGCUGCAGUGGAUGUCCACCGUCAACGCCAGCGUGGGGACUGGGGCCUGCGCGGGCCCCGCAGCCAUGGCCCACACGCAGCUCCGCCACCUGGACCCCAAGACUUUCAAGUGCAGAGCCAUAGAGCUGUCCUGGUUCCAGACGGUCGGGGAGUCGGCACUGGGCGUGGAGUCCUUCUCCUACCAGGGGGAGCCCCACAUCAUCCUGGCACAGCCCUUUGCUGGCCGCUGCCUCAUCCUCGCCUGGGACUACAGCCUACAGCGUUUCCGGCCCGAGGAAGAGCUGUCUGCGCCCUCAGUGGUGUCCUGCCAGCCCCUGGUGCUGGGCCCACAGCUGUUCGUGCUGGCCGCCCGCCUGUGGGGAGGCUCGCAGCUCUGGGCCCGGCCCAGCCCCGGUCUGCGGCUGGCCCCGGUGCAGGCGCUGGCCCCGCGGCGGCUGCUACGGCCCAAUGACGCCGAGCUGCUGUGGCUGGACGGGCAGCCCUGCUUCGUGGUGGCCGACGCCUCCAAGGCGGGCAGCACCACGCUGCUGUGCCGCGACGGGCCCGGCUUUUACCCGCGCCAGAGCCUGCACGCCUGGCACCGGGACACGGACGCCGAGGCCCUCGAGCUGGACGGCCGUCCCCACCUGCUGCUGGCCUCCGCCUCGCAGCGGCCUGUGCUCUUCCACUGGUCUGGUGGUCGCUUCGAGAGGCGCACGGACAUCCCCGAGGCCGAGGACGUCUACGCCACGCACCACUUCCAGGCUGGUGGGGACGUGUUCCUGUGCCUGACACGUUACAUCGGGGACUCUAUGCUCAUGCGCUGGGACGGCUCCAUGUUCCGCCUGCUGCAGCAGUUUCCCUCGCGUGGAGCCCACGUCUUCCAGCCCCUGCUCGUCGCCAGGGACCAGCUGGCCAUCCUGGGCAGCGACUUCGCCUUCAGCCAGGUCUUCCGCCUCGAGCCCGACAAGGGGCUCCUGGAGCCGCUGCAGGAGCUGGGCCCCCCGGCCUUGGUGGCCCCCCGCGACUUCGCCCACGUCACCGUGGCUGGCAAGCGCUUCCUCUUUGCUGCUUGCUUCAAGGGUCCCACGCAGAUCUACCAGGAUCGUGAAUUAGACCUCAGCGCCUGAGACAGAUGGGACCCUGGCCCCGGCUAGGGGGCUGGGGUGGGUGGGGUUUCCUGGGUCCUGAGCCUCUGGAUGACCCCUUGACUGGCCUCCUGUCCCCGUUCGGGGUGAUGGCUGUCCUGUGAGAUGACGACCAGAGGCCUGGGAUUUUCAGAGCUGUCCUUCCAAUCUGAAGCAACAUCUGGGCUGGGGGUCGCUGCCCCCACCAAAGGCAACUUGGGGGCGCUGCACAGAGCAGGAAAACAGAAGUCAAGGCUGGGGGAAUAUGCAGAGCUCCACGAGGACUGGUAGCUCCCCGAGUCUCCUGUGCACCAUCAACUCCCCACGCCCCAUUCUCCAUGCUCCCUGGGAACGAGAUGAGGAGCAGAUAGAGGAGUAGAUAAAUUCCCUUCUCCUCUAAACUCAAUCCGGCCAAUCGCUUUUAGCGCCUGCCCCCAUGACGUCAUUAGUCGCUGGGCAGUUUUCCUUGGCGGGCUUGCCUACUCCCUGCGCUGCUUGUGUGCAUGCUUGUUGCGGGAGGCAGGUGCCCAGCGCCUGUUCCCUCCUGCGCGUGCGCGGGGAAAAGGUGGGAAAAUGCGAGGUGCCGCAGGGAGCCCGGGAACCCCUCCGCGACCGGGGACAGGGGUGAGGACAGGAAGUGUAUGAGCUCAAUAAAUGCACUG